AGGAAAGGGAACAUCCGUUCUAAUGGCGUCAAGACCCAAGCACUGUUGUCACAUUUUGUCCUACAGUGUUUCAAUAUUUUGCUUUGUUUAUGUCGCUCGAGUUUCGCGAAAAGAAGACAAGAAAUCCGUUUGGGCUUACGGAGGCACAAACAGUUAGCUGUUACAAAUGGAAAGGAAAUAUUUGUAGAAGACACUUUGUCUUGUCAGUAGCAAAAGCAAUUAAUUAUGGAAGUCACAACAGAAGAGAGUCAAACUGUCUUGCUAGAAGGAAUGGAAGGUACACAAUAUAUCACCAUACAAAGGGCAGAUGGAGAAUCUCUGGGCAAGAGUGUACCACUUUUAACUUUGAAUGGAGAGCUAAUCUCUGAAGGAAUGGUUGUUGAUAUGAUCAAUGCUGGCGUUGGAACAGACUAUGCUACUGCAACACAAUAUUACGAAGCAGAUGAUUUAUUACAGCAUGAAUUAACAGAGGAAGAUCGUAGAUUGGCAGCAGCUCUGGUUGCAGUUCAGUUGCAGCAACAACAGAAGCAGCAGCAACUUCAUAAUCAGUCCCAACAUGAUGAUUCAACAUUGCCAGAUGUUUCUCAUUUAGAGACUUUAACACCUGUUAAUACUUAUUCCAUUCAAACUGUAACACAGUCAAAUGGUCCACCAGUAUAUCCAACUUUACAACCUUUCAAACGAAUUUCACAUAAUGUGAAACAAGAAUUCAUAAAUGUGAAGAGUGAAUACGACCUCGAUGUGUCUGCAGAAAGUAGCGAAGACACUGUAGCAACUUCUGGACCAAAGAGGUCUUUACCUCACAAAAAGAGAAUUCCUCGUAAAUUGAAGCAGCAGACCAAAAAGAGCUCUGCAAAGAAAGAUAGCAACAAGUCAAAUGCAAAUGCUGCAAAAGCAGAAUCAAUUGGAGAUGUGCAAGCUCAUUUAUUUAAGUGCGAGCUGUGUAGCUCUAGGUUUAGCAGUCAAUUAAAAUUUUUUGAGCAUCUUAAGGUACACUAUGAGCCUGUGAAGCAGGAAACCAGAAUAGCACAAGCAACAAAUACCAAUAUUACAAUAUCUGUACCAGAGUCUGUACAAAAUCUACAAAAUACUGUAAUUGAGGAGUUCAGUGAACCGGAAGACCUCAUGGAAGGCAUUCGAGGUGUUGUGGAAGAAACUGGUGCUCACAUAGAUGAUGAUACAGAAUCCCCCCUAUCUACCGUAAAUAAUGAAUCACCAUUGUGGACUAUUACAGAUGUUACAGAACAUGUACACAGGGACCAUGUAAAACCGUCGACUGUUAAUGAGCAGGAUUUGCAUGAAAAAGAAAAGACUGACAUUCCACAAACAUCGAAAAAGAAGAAAAUUUUCAAAGCUCGGAAAUCCAAUGAUGAAUUAACAUGCCCUCAAUGUGAUCGGUCAUUCCACCAUAAAAAUAGUUUAGUGUAUCACAUGCGAUCUCACAGUGGGGAACGGCCACAUCAAUGUGAAGUCUGUGGUAAAAGCUUCUUUGCAGCGAGCGCAUUAAAGGUGCACAAACGGCUUCAUAGUGGCGACAAGCCGUAUAAAUGCGAGGAAUGCGGUCGACAUUUCCGUCAAUGGGGAGACUUGAAAUACCACUCAACAAGCAUUCACUCGGAACAAAAACAGUACCAAUGUGAAUACUGUGGGAAAGACUUUGCUAGAAAAUAUUCCUUAAUUGUUCACAGAAGGAUCCAUACAGGCGAGAAGAAUUAUCGAUGCGAGUACUGCAACAAAACGUUCAGAGCGAGUAGUUACCUACAAAAUCACCGACGCAUACAUACUGGAGAAAAACCACAUCCAUGUACAGUCUGUGGGAAGCCUUUCCGAGUGCGGAGUGAUAUGAAGAGACAUAUGCACACACAUUCUAGAAACAGACCUGAAGGGAGGUCUUUGAGCAGGGUGAUUACAGUGAAGAACAUAGAAGACGAGAACGACAAGAAAGCGCAAGCAAAAACGAUCCAAGAUCUCGUAAGAGAUCUGAAACUAGAAGUGGAAGCUAACGGCGUCGUGGAAAUUAUUCCGCCAGAUGAUAAUCCUGAAAGUAUUUUACCACAUUCAGGAGGUCAGACUUUAGAAUACACAGUGACCACUACGUCAGAUACUAAUCCAGAGAGAGAUCCAUUGGAAGCGGUUGUACGUACUACUGACAACAUGCAGUACUUCUUUAUGUAACACUUGUUGGGAGUAAAGCCGAAAGUUGUUUUUGUACCAUAGCACACUAUCAUGUGUUUGGGAUAAUGUGAAAUAUAAUCUGUGAAAUAUCUAUUUUAUAAACAUGAAGCUUUGUGACACUAUGAACCUUCAUAAAUGAUUAAACAAAGUGCUACGCAUCGAUACACUGCCUAUAUAAUGUGCAUAGUGUACUUUCCAGUUUCUCUGCGGUAUACUCCUUAAGAAGACACUUUAAGACUGUUUUUAGCAGGGAACUACGGAAAGUACGAAACUAAAGGAAAAUCCUACAAAACAUAUAUCAAUUCAUCUGCAUAUAUAUAAUAUAUAAAUAUAUAUAAAUAUGCAUAUAUCAUAUACAUAUAUAUAUAUACACACACACACACACACACACAUAUAUAUACAUAUUGUACUAUAAUUAACACUAAUACAAGAUAACAUUGUACAUGUACAUUUUUAAGUCUAGGUAAGUUAGCCGUUUAUAUCGCGAAUCGUCGUUGAAAAAUAUAUUUUUUACGUAAAGACAUUUAUAGAAACAUCGUGGUCCACUUUUAUUGCAUUCUCCAUAAAAAUGUUUGUAGAUUAGUCUUAGGUAAUUGAAGUCGCUGAAGAUGGUGCGGGUACCGUGUUACUUGUAUCUAUAAAAACUUGUAACAGCUGAGCCAUUUCUCUUGUUUCGAGUGCUGCACUAAGUUUUUCGGCAGCAUCCUUGCUAUUAAUUCUGAAACGUUACAGAAUGUAGAGUGGUGCAAUUUAUUAAAUGUUUUUACUUCUUCAUAGAAUAAAAUUUAAAAAUUUUAAUACGCGAACAUAUUAGAGACUAAAGUUGUUUGAUAAAGAAUGUUCAUUAAAGAAUGUAUCAAUUAUUCAUAUUACGUUAAAAAUUAUGUUCCUAAUUUUUUUAUUAUAAUUUGUAUAAUAGCAUAUAGCUAGGUAAAAUAAAUGAACAAUAUUUUACACAUGGAUUAGAAAAAAUAUGGUACUGAUUAGAUAAAUGAGAGAAAUUAAAAAAUAAACGGCAAGCAAAAUUGAAA